AUGCAGAAUCCGUUAACAAUUUCUGCAGGUGGUGGUUUUUUGCAUGCUAUUCCUGCAGAGAAACAUUGUGUCCAACAAAGUAUGCUGGGUCAGCAAAAGCAAGAAACUUAUGCUGGAAAGACAGUAUCCACAGAUAAACACAAAUCCCCUUUGGAUAUAAUACAAAGUUGUCCGAAGAAAAGUCAGUUCAGGACCAUUGCUCCAAAAAUGGUACCAAAAAUGUUAACACCUGGAGUGGUUUCUUGUCUUCAGUCAUCUUUGCCUGAGCCAAACACACCAAUUUCAGCUGCAGGUUGUAAGCCACUGGUGGUACCAACUCAGAACUAUGCUGUCAUGCAGGUGGCUGGUCACAAAGGGACCUUUUCUCUCUUGGCUGUGCCAUAUGUUGCCCCUGCCCUAACACAGCAGGUCCAGCAGUCAAAUGUGGGCCCCUUUGAAAACCUAAAGCUGCCUAUCCCUAGAUACCAAUCUGCGAGAAAGAAAUUGCUGAGGGACAAAAAAUCAGGACAAAUCUCUGGUUUGGGUGCACAGAAAAAGUUCCCUACCAAAGCAGCGACCUCGUCACAGACUUCCCCCAUGACUACUUCAACUGAAGACUGUCCUGAAAUUCAUUCUAGUUCACAUUCAACUGAGCAAGCUAUGCUAGCAGACCCUGACUCAGCUGAAAUUGCAGUUGCCACAUUAGUAAAUAAAAACAAUAAUGUGGAAUCUGGAUCUCAUUCAGUGAAGAAAACUGAAAUUGCUAAUGGUAAUAUUUCUGGACCAUCAGCAGUUAAAGAUUCUUUCUCCAAGCCAGCAAGUAUAAGUAGUCCUAUGAAACUAAGUCUACAGUCUGUGAAGACAGAAACCACAAGAGAGUCAUUCAUGACAUCUGAGAAACCAAAGGAAAACCCCACGAAUUCUGCAAAUUCUGUUGCUGUCUUGCCACCAGCAGUUUAUAGCGGUACAGUACAGAUGAUUCCAUCAGCAUCAAGAGAAAAACUUCCUAUUUUGCCUUACUCAAGGAUGAAAAAUUCAGUGUUCUGUAAGUCUAAGCAGAAUAUUAGUGUUAUGGAUAUACCUGCUCCUUCACCAAGAUUUGAAUGUGAAAAGAUACCAGCUUUGGUGAAAACCAAAGCAUUAGAUAAGCCAUUAGCUGUGUCAUUUACACAAGUCCCCAAACAAACCAUUCAAGAAAAUACCUUUCCACCCAGUAAAGAGGAUGUUGACAGUCUUAAAAAACCAAACAGUUCAACUUCUAAAAGAAGAGGCAGGAAAAGAAGACCUUCAGAUGAUUUAUUGGCUUUUCAGACCAAGCGAAGGAAAUGCAUCAUUAGUAAGUGGAGAGAAGGAAGAGAGAGGGCAAAGGUUGAUAUUCAGCCACCUGAAGAAAAAAAAGCAGAAGCAGUGAAAAAAUACCGUAGUAUUAGACCAAAACCAAUGGUAGUUGUGCAGACUUUUGCACCACUGACUUCAGCAGCAGUAGCACAGACACCUUCUCAUGACCAUUUAGAGCAAGGUGGUUUUUCAGACAGUUCACUUGCCAAUAAACAUUUAAGUUACAGGCACAGUGAUGCUACAUCAGUUAAAUCAAAUGAUUUAGGUAGAAAUGCACGUUCAGCUGUACCUAAGCCGUUGCACAGAUGUCAUGUUUGUAACUAUACCUUCCAGUUGAAACACCAUCUCCAGGACCAUAUGAACACGCACACCAAGAAACGGCCAUACAGCUGUCGAAUUUGCAGGAAAGCAUACAUUCAUUCUGGGAGCCUGAGCACACAUAUGAAGCUUCAUCACAAUGAAGGCAAACCCAAAAAGCUGGUGUGCUGUGAAUUCUGUGCUAAAGUUUUUGGCCAUGCAAAAGUGUAUUUUGGCCACCUCAGAGAAGUCCACAGGGUUGUUAUCAGCACAGAGCCCUCUGCUAGCGAGCAGGAGAUGCAAGAUGCUUCAAAGAAAAGAGACACAAAUAUAAAAGAGUCAGAAGAGGCUACAGAGAGGGGAAGUAAGUGCAAUUUUGAGGACCUAUUCCACAACCCAGGAGGAGUGAAAUUACAGGUUAAAUGUGGUCGAUGCCAGUUUAUUGCACAGUCUUUUGGUGAAAUGAAGUUUCACUUACUGAGCUGUCAUGGAGAAGAGAUUGAGGGAAGAGUAAAGGAAGGGAUUUUGCAAGGAAAUAUAGGGGCAAACAGGGAACUGAUCAAACAUACAACCCAGUUCUGGAAACAGCACAAUGAGAGAAAACAUUUAGCAAGAUUGAAUGCCUGUGAGGAGUUUCACACUUCUCCAAAACUGAAGAGACGGAGAGACUUUCACCAUCAGAAAAAUAUCAAUGUGUUAUCUAAAAGUGAACUGACUCUGUCAGGAAGUAGUGAAACUGCCAAGGAGAUGCAAAAUGUGGAUUCGGAUACACCAAGCAAGAAAACAGAAAUUGGGUCUAAAGCAGGUUAUAACUGCAUUUUGUGCAAACAGUUAUUUGGAAGAAAAGAGGAUCUUUGUAGUCAUUGGCAGAGUCAUCAUAACUGUGAAGACCCUUCUACUUUAUGGACAAUUUUUAGUUUGGCAUCAAAACAAGGAAUUAUUGAACUUUGUAAUAGUGGUGAAUUUUGA